GGUGGCAGUGCAGGGCCGGGUGGCCGUUUAUAAACUGCCUGCCCGCACCCUGCUUGUGCUGCACGCUCCCUGGGAGAGCGCAGCACCAUGAUCCAGUGCCCGCUGUGUCCUCCGGGCACAGUGGAACACCGAUCGGCAUACGGGACCUCUGUGCGAGGUCCCGAUCAUGUGAUCACUGAUUGGCCAAUCAGUGAUCACAUGCAAAGUAGUAAGCAAGAUGUCACUUGUGACAUCAUUGCUUACUACGUGUGAAAUCUGUGAAUGAUCACAGAGGUCACAUGGUACAAGGCUAU